CCGCGGUUUUCAAAAUUGUUGUUGUCAGUCGUUACACCGUCGAUAACGGGACGGACAUUCUGUGUUCACUUGGAUACUUAAACGGCUUGUCAAUGAUGAAGAGCAUUCAGCCAUGGAUGUAGUAGUGGAAUUUGAUUACGUUGCAGAAGAAACAGAUGAACUGACCAUAAGAAAAGGAAAUAUAAUACGAGACGUCUCACAGUUCGAGGAUGGAUGGUACAUUGGAAAUCUGAACGGAAAAAUUGGAGUGUUCCCGGAUAACUUCGUUAAGGUCUUAAACAGUGCGGAGACGACAAACGACCCAAAACCGAGUGGGGACGGAGGAGGGUCUGCAAAACACGAAGAAAAUGAGGAGUCUACAGUGAAGCCACAGGGUGUCAAGGGGAUUGGCUUGGGGAACAUAUUUAGUGGGCAACCGAUUCAACUCAAACAUGCUGCCUUGAAAGAUGUCAUGAAGGAUGCAGAAAACAGUCAGGAAAAGAAAACAUCUUCUGGGAAAGAAUCUCCAAAUUCACCCGAACUAACUGACCGGGUUCGCGUUCGAUUCGACUACGACCCAAAGCAGCCAGAUGAGCUGGAAUUGCAGGUGGAUGACAUAAUUCAAGUGAUGGACAGGUCCUUACCAGAUGAUGGCUGGUGGAAGGGUAGGAAUCUCAGGACACGAAAAGUGGGUGUAUUUCCAGACAACUUUGUAGCGCCAAUCAAUGAUACCAACAAGGAAAAUGCGGUGGAAUCUCCCACACACAACAAUGCAUCCGCAUCAGCUGGCAUCAAACCGGUUGGCAUAACAACCACAUCGCUUCACAACGGCAACCUCCCCAAUACUGGGUCCACUGUUCGGGUUAGUUCGGUCAGUUCACCGUCAGUCACCAGUGGACCGAUGACAACCCUUGGUGUGAAAAGCAAUGAGCCGCCUAAGUUGGCCACCAAGCCUGUGUCCACUACCGCCAUGCAUAAUAACACAUCAGGUGGCAGAGCACACGUCAAUGCUUUGGGGAGCUCAGGAACUCACCGUGAUACCAGAAUCUCGAUUACGCAUGCUUCCGGACGGUCUGAAAGUAAAUUAAAUCCCUCAAACCCACCAGACUGCCAAACGAAUACCGAGAAAACCGGCGAAAGAAUCUCAAAAUGGAAACAAACCCCUGAUCGAUCAGAACAGACUGAACGCUCUAUUUCGAUAGUGGAUGAACGUCGUUCAGGUGAAGGAACGGAGCUUUCAGAGGCAAACGGCAAUCGCCUGACCGGGUUAACAGCAGACCGGCCAAGACAAACCGGAAGAAGACUUCCCAGCAGAUUCAGCCGCUCAACGACACCCAACUCGGAAAAUUCCGCUGAUCUACACAAUGAAUCACAAUCAGCACACAAGGAGACCCACUUAUCUCGAUUUCACAACGCAUUACCAAGCCGUCAGACCCCAAUUCCCUUGGAAGAUGUGCGAAGUGGAGCUGAUAUUGCGGAGCGGCGCGCAGCUGAAUUAUCCGCAAAAGCGCAGAAAACUCCUCAAAGUAACCACUUGCGGUCUGAUCGUCUAUCCAGUAGCUUGACCCGUAGGAGUGACUCACCGGUUUCACGCACAGCGUGUCAGAGGACAGUGGUCACGGAUUCACACUCAAAUCAGACACAAGACUCACAUUGUAAGAAUUUCGCUAGAAAUAACCGUCUCUGGACAUCACUACAGGAUGCGGAGAAGAGGAAAACAAAGGGUGCUCUACCUCGGAGUGAGGGCGGCAGCGGAUCAGCUGAUUUGACUAGGGCUCCGGAGCUGGCUACACCCCAGUCUGUCAACUCGGAUGCAGCUAGACUAUCGUUAUCCAAGCUGCAAUCGAGCUAUGAAAUGUUAAAAACGCAGCACUCACAGCAUUUGAUCGAAUGCGUGGAACAGACAAAGGAACUGCGACAGCAACUGGAACAACUCAGAGAAUCGAAUAAAAAAUUACGAUCCGAAAUGGUCAACGGACAGAGAGCACUAACCGACAGAUUACAAGCUUUGAUGAACGAAGUGGAUGAGGCGAAAAAGCAGCGGGCCGCCGAUGCUGUGGAACUUGCACGACUACGCAACAUACUCAUGCAGUUGGACGCCAGAUCAUUACUACCAACGGAUCAAAAGUAUAUCAACGCGUCCAGGCAACGCCAACAACAAUUCCAGAAACGAGCUGGAGACCGAAUGGACGAGAGACUUCAGGAGACCGAUGACAACGAUGCUGACUCAGUUUACGAAGAAGAAGACGUCCCUUCACUGUACAAACCGAUGAUAGGGGAUAGUUGUGGUGGGCUAGUAAACAAAAACGGUGACACCACUUCCCCGUCCCCACACUCAGUAGCAAGCAACAAAAAUUCUAGUGCUCCUCCUCUUCGACCAAGGCCAACCCAUCCGGCCAGUUACUCUAGGGGAUAAAAGGCAUGUCGAAAUAACUAGAAAUGCGCACGUGCCGAUUUCGUUUUUUACUUUGAAAAUUAUCUAAUAUUGUACAUAUGAUUUGUCAACGUUCCUUACAAAUGCUGUGAUUGAACCAUAACGUUUCCUGAAACAACAAAAAUUGCUUCACCUACACAAAGGACAUGUAACCAAAAGAACCGUCUUUCCUGCGACCUUUGUCGAUUUUCGAUAUGAAUGAAUGUUUUCUGGACGAUCUCUCGAACCUAAUCGUACGAGUCGAAUAGCAACAGUUUCUCUAACGGCUUACCCCAAAGCAUUUACGCUUAACUAUUGAUUUCCCCUAUUUGACUGCCAGAAACCUGCAGACGAUCAACCAGUCUUCCCCGUUCAUCUGUGCGGUAAUUUUCACACAAUCCACUGCACAAUUUACCAUUCCUCCUGCUGAUUUCGGUGUCCUUGCUGGCACUGCGUCCAUACGUGUUGUCAUUAAUGUGACUGAGUUUCCA